AUGUUCCGGGUGCGCCUUAGAGGGAGAACGGGGACUAUAAAGUCCCCAUCAAGGAGUGUCCCCGUAGGGACAGCGCUGACUGGGUCGCGGAAGAUUGCGCAAGUGUUCCCGCGACCCGGUCCCAAAAGCGCCGAGGAGGAACAUCGUUGGGUUUUAGUGGGUAUUUUAAUAAGCGUAGUGGCAACGCAUAGAAACAGCCAUGAAAGUUUGCAUCCGGAGAGAGAUUUGGAAUCAAUAAAACUGAAUCCAAGAAUUAUAGAGAACAGAGAACAAUUGAAACGAAUUAUAAAAUAUUUAAAUGGACAUUAUGAUGAAUAUGAGAAAAAGGAAAAUAAAGUGUUGGGUAAUUUCGUUCCUAAAGAUACAGACGUCGAGAAUAAUAUAAUUAACGAACAAGAAGGGAGGAUUCUUACUGCAUUAAAUCUCUUACAGAAGAAUUAUAACAAUCUUCUUCGUCAUGGCAACGAACAGAAAAGACCUAGAUUAUUGUAUAUCGACAACCCUGAAGUUCUAGAACUGUAUAGGAAUAAUCUUAGAGGUUCCGCUUCUAGGCUUUGGUCCUCUUCGGAUUCAAUUUCUGAUUCCACAGACUCGGAUUAUUCAGAUGAUGACAGAAUUUUCACAGAUGAAUUAUCUCGACAUAGGAAGUUUGAUAUUGUAGGACCGCCUAAAGACAAAAACGGAGACAAACAUCAUAAUCGAGCGAAACACAAAAACCACGGAAGUAAAAUUACAAAGGACCCCGAAUUGGGAAACGGUAAGACGGUCAAUCAGAAGGGACGUUUUAAAAUAGCCAGAGAUAAAAGAAUACCACAGAUUAUAGAAGGGAAAAGACCGAAGAUAGAGAAAAAAGACGACAAAAGAAUAAAGAUAUCGGACGAAAAUUUAGAUGCUGGUUUAAAGUUCGAUAAAAAAGAAAAGAUAUCCGCUAAUGUUGUGUUGAAAGAAUUCACAAAAGACCGCGAUGUACCGAGUAGACCGAAGUAUGCCGAGAAGAAGUUUCCUAGAGGUGAUGUUUGGGAAAAAGAGGAUGAUUUUGUGAGAAAAAGACCAGUAGACAAGGAGUUCAAUCCUAACAAACGGGGGGGAAGAAUCUCUCAAUCUUUAGGCAGAACUUUCAUACCUUACAUAGCUACGAAAACUGUUUAUGAAGACGAUUAAACAUUUCUUUGUGUAA